UCAAGCAGAGGCAAAAAUAACUUGAGAUCUUUGUAGAGAGAGAAAUAAGUUAGGGCAUUGAGAGAGAGAACUUGAUUUUAAGCAAUGGAUGUGAAAAACGUGCUUCACAUGAAUGAAGGGGGAGGGAAGACGAGCUACGCUGCAAAUUCUUCGCUCCAGAAACAUGGAUUGGAGGUGGUUAAGCCUAUAACGGAAGAUGCAGCAAGGGACAUGCUUUCUGCCCAUUUGCCCGACAGCUUGGGGAUCGCCGAUCUCGGCUGCUCUUCCGGCCCCAACACUUUCUAUGCUCUCAUCACCAUCAUCCGAGCAGCGUGUUUGGAAUACCAGCGAUACAAGAAACCGCUGCCGGAGUUCCGAGUCUACCUUAAUGACUUGCCAGGGAAUGACUUCAACUCAAUUUUCCGGGCACUGCCUGCAUUUUACGAGUCGGUGAGGGAGAAAGAUGGUGUUUUGGGGUCGUGUUUCGUUGCCGGUGUGGCUGGCUCUUUCUAUGCUAGAAUCUUUCCGGCAAACAGUUUGCACUUCGUUCAUGCGUCUUACAGUCUCAAUUGGCGCUCACAAGUUCCUUUGGGGCUAUACAAUGAGGAGGGCAUGCCCCUUAACAAGGGUCACAUAUACAUAGAUGAGGCUAGCCCGCCAGAGGUGGCACAAGCCUAUCUUCAACAAUUUCAAAAGGAUUUCUCUUCAUUUUUAGGGUUUCGCUCACGAGAAAUAGUAAGAGGUGGAUACAUGGUGCUAAUAUUUUUUGGUCGCACUGCAAGACAAGAAGCUGAUAAGGAAUUUUUCUCUCUAUGGAAAGUAUUAAAUCAAGCCAUAUUGAGUUUGUUUUUCAAGGGACUUAUAGACAAGGAGAAGUUGGAUUCAUUUGAUUUACCCUUUUAUAGUCCAUCUGUAAAAGAAGUUGAAGAAGAGGUAAAGAGAGAAGGGUCAUUCACACUUAAGCGUUUUGAGCAGCUACCAAUAGCUCCUUGGGGUGCUAAUGACAAUGGGAAAGACUUGGCUUUUAUCCUGAGAGCUGUGAUGGAGCCCUUGACCAAAUAUCAUUUUGGAGAGGAGCUCAUGGACUUACUGUUUGAAGAAUAUGCUAGGCUACUCCAGUUGGAAAUAAAUGAAGGAAAGAAGAAACUGAUUCACUUUGUUCUUGUGUUGAAAAGAACAAAUUGAAUCACUUUGAUGCUCCAACCACUAUUCCUUAUAGUUUUCGUGUUUCUGUGUUGAAGCUUGGUCCAUAAUUGAAGUGUCUGAUAUUGGGGUUUCUAUUUCUUGGUUUUCCCUUUCGGGUCGGUGAGUGGUGAAAUUGUAAUCCUCUGUUAUAUUCUGGUUUUGGCAUCCCAACUACCAAACCAGGAGUCCGCUUUCUUAGAAAAGUCUAUGUCAUCAUAUCUGGGCUUUUGAGAAGAACUUCGAGGGUUACAGUCCUCAAACCUUCUUCAUCCAAACAUAUAUAUCUACCAUUAAGCCAAUGCCUAAGGGACUAUUGCGGCUAUCUUUGUUCGCAGAUUAUGUACUAGUAAUUUCUUGCUAAAUUUGUGGGGAGCUUGAUUUGGAGUUUAUGUAUGCCGAUAUAUGAUCACUAUUGCAAGAUAAGUCUUUCCUCAGGUUACUUA